CAAGAUUGCUUUGUCAUAGUGAGCAAGCAAUUCAUGACUGAUGCAGUGGCGAAGCAGUUGUGGCAGUGAAAACUGAAAAGUGAGGCCCAAAGCCAACUGUUAUUGGGCACUCCACGGCACUUUCAGCGCAUCUCGCAUGUUCCAAGGCUCCUUCAUCGCCAAGAACUUUGCCUUCAACUGCGCUGCCGGCUGAGUAUCACCAAGUCCCUCUUCUUUAUUACCACUGCGACACGACCUUCCACCAGCAAAACGUUUGACAACAACACCCUUUGAUCCGAACGGUCUACUCUGCCUUCUCCUUUAAUACUCACCUUCCUCUUCCUGUCUCCUCUUAAGGUCCAUCCUUCCGCCUCUUCGAGCCCACCUCGACCAACUUCUGGACACAGGGUUGACUCACUUCGCUGCCCCGCCUUCGUUCGGUUCUACCAACUUUUACCCUCUCAAAAACUCUUCCGCAUCCACAUACAGCAAUACCUCAGACAUGGCAUUGAAGCGUAUCAACAAGGAACUUACGGAUCUCGGCCGGUAUGUCCGUCCUUGUACCACAAUUCUCCGAGAUGACUGGGUUCAUGACAAGAUCGAGCCUGAUAAGGAGGUGUCGGAUGUCUGAAUAAAUGCUGAUAUGUGGUGACUAUAGUGAUCCUCCUUCGUCAUGCUCAGCAGGUCCGAUGGGAGAUGAUCUGGUACGUUGGAACUUUCCAAAGGCGCUGUGAAGACCCAGUAGUGGUCAUCUUACGAGCGGCUGAGAUCCAUGGCAUGCAACACGAAGCUCUAACAUUCCACUUACAGUUCCACUGGCAAGCGACAAUCAUGGGUCCUAGCGACAGCCCUUUCCAAGGCGGAGUCUUCUUCCUAUCCAUCCACUUCCCGACAGACUACCCCUUCAAGCCGCCCAAAGUCAACUUCACGACCCGAAUCUACCAUCCCAACAUCAACUCGAACGGCAGCAUAUGUCUGGACAUUCUACGAGACCAAUGGAGCCCUGCUCUGACAAUAUCUAAAGUCCUGCUCUCUAUCUGCUCGAUGCUCACAGAUCCCAACCCGGAUGAUCCUCUCGUCCCAGAAAUUGCUCACGUGUACAAGACCGAUCGAGCCCGGUAUGAAGCGACUGCACGGGAAUGGACGAGAAAGUUCGCAAUCUAGUUGCUGGGGAAGACGACGGUUGACUGGCCAGUGCUCGACUCAUGCUGUGCACAUGUGCAGUGCAGCGGAUGGGGUAUCUGCUAUUGCGCAACACAUGGCGGACCUCACGAGGACGAAGAACGGUUGCAAGAGUACCAAUGCAUUUCGACACGGAAGCAAUGACAGUAACGGGAGAAACGGGCGUAGACGUUUCAGAGUGCUUGCAUUCCAACAGCACGAUCUGGGAUGAACUGUUAUGAUGCAUUACAUUAAAGGCGUGCUUUUAGGGAUAACAAUAUGCUUUUGCUAUCCAGAAGAUUGUUCAAUGUUUUGGUGUUUGUUGUUCCUUCGCGCUCUGCUUUCUCUGCCC